GAGGAUGUGGAGCGGACUGAGGUGAGAAGAGGAGGCGGAGACGGACAGAGAUGAUGCCGCCCAGACGUGUUUGAUUUUGGGAGAUGAGAAGUCAAAAUGCGCUCAGCUCGGACCGCUUCGGAGGAUCAGUAGGAGCGGGCAGGAGGACGCACACACUGGCCGGCGUGAGGACAGACACACGGACACAGACGGAGCUGAGGCAGGACGGCUCCUCGUCUCUCUGACACACCGAGGCUCGGGUGAGAAGUCGGGGCAGCUGCCUGACCCGGAGCCGGGGGGCACCAUGGUUGUGUCGCUGCGGGGCUGGGUCGCCAACGAGGGAGGGAAGCAUCUGAUCCUGAUGCUGUGGUUGGCAGCAAACACCUGGCUGUUCCUCAGGACCUUCCUGCUCUAUUCCACUGGACAUCAGUAUCACUACCUGUACGAGAUGCUCGGGCUCGGUCUGUGCAUCAGCAGGGCAUCUGCAUCCGUGCUGAACCUGAACUGCAGCUUGGUGCUGUUGCCCAUGUGUCGCUCACUGCUCACCUUCGUCCGAGGAACACACACGGUAUCGAGCAGAAAGACGCGCAGACUGCUGGACAAGAGCAAAACCUUUCAUGUGGCCUGUGGAGUCACCAUCUGCAUCUUCUCUGUUGUGCACGUGUCCGCCCACUUGGUGAACGUCAUGAACUUCAGUGUGAGAUACUCGGACGACUUUCCUGCUCUCAAUUUGGCUCGCCACAGAGGAGAGGAUCCCAAGCUGAUCAUCUUGACCACAAUCCCAGGAGUCACCGGCGUCCUGUUGGUUCUCAUCCUCUUCCUGAUGUUCAUGUCCUCCUCCUCCUGCGUACGGGUGUCCAACUAUGAGAUCUUCUGGUACACACACAACCUCUUCAUUGUCUUCUACAUCAUCCUCAUGGUGCACAUGGUCGGUGGAGCUCUCAAGUAUCAGACCAACAUCGAGGCCCACCCACCUGGCUGCCUCCGAGCCAAUCAGAGCAUCACAGAGCAGCACGACAAGGAGCUGGAGCCGGGUGAAGAUGAAGAGAGGAGAUGCAGAGAGGAGGCUCACUUCCAACCUCACUACCCCCAGACAUGGCUGUGGGUGUCCGGUCCUCUCUGUCUCUACUGUGCCGAGCGUUUCUACCGCUACAUCAGGGCCAGUGACCCCGUCACCGUGGUGACAGUCAUCAGGCAUCCCUGUGAUGUCAUCGAGUUGCGGAUGCUCAAGAAAAACUUCAAAGCUCGUCCUGGACAGUAUAUUCUUCUCAACUGUCCAGGUGUCUCUUCAUUUGAGAACCAUCCCUUCACCCUAACGACGUGUCCCACAGAGAACAAGAACACUUUUGGCAUCCAUCUCCGAGUCUUGGGAGACUGGACUGAGCGGUUCACACAGCUGCUGCUCCCUCAACCGAGAGUAGACUUGGAGAUCCUUCCCAUGGUGCAACAGAGGCGAUACCCCAAGCUCUACGUGGACGGUCCAUUUGGGAGUCCAUCAGAGGAAGUGUUCAGCUACGACGUCAGUGUGUGUGUUGCUGGCGGAAUCGGAGUCACGCCGUUUGCCUGCGUGCUGCACGCUCUGCUUGACGGCUGGGAGGGUUUCAGGUUGCAGAGGUUGUACUUUGUUUGGGUCUGCAGAGAGCUUCAGUCCUUCUACUGGUUUGCUGAGCUGCUGUGUGCCCUUCAUCACAAGCUUUGGCGUGAAAACAGACCAGACUACUUUAACCUGAAACUGUAUGUCAGUCAGACAGACAGUCUACAGAGUAUGUCUGAGGAGAAGUACCGCCCCCUUGCCUCCAGGCUGCUGGUUGGACGACCCAGGUGGAAGUUGCUGUUUGAUGAGAUUGGGAGGACCAAUAAGAAUAAGCGAGUGGGGGUUUUCUGCUGUGGACCGAGGGGCAUCUCCAGGACUCUGCACAAAUUAUGUAACUCAAGCCGAUCCUCUGGAACAAUCUUUGAAUUCAACAAGGAGUCAUUCAGCUGAUUGAACUUCAGCAAAUUAAAUAAAAAAAAUGGAUUUUAUACAUUACAAGUACAUUUCUGAAGAAGUUUGGACAAUCAUGGUUACGUCAAAAUGUUGCACAAGUCCAAGAAAAGAAACAAAGACUGUAUUUAUAUUUCAUACGUCUCCUUGCCCGUGGUUACUUAAGGCCCGGGAGCAGAAGACCUUACCAUCUGCAGGCCAGCUAACCCCUGGCCGACAAUCCACAGGCUUCUACUCAAGCCCCUGAUCCGAUCAAACCACUGAGACGAGCUGAAGAGAACGGCUCCUGAUGAUCUGUUUUUCUUCGUCUGCUGUUGGAUUUCAUCUUUUCCCCAUUGCACCCACUGUGGAGUAAAUCUGUUCACUCAUGUUGGAGUCUAAUCUGAAAAACACACUUGCAAUUCUAGGUCAACAAACACACCCAGACUACAUGGAGUUCAUCAGGGACCAGAAAAAACUUUUUUUAUCCAAAGAAAUAGUUACAAAACCAAAGGAGUGGAACCACUAGGACAAAUCAAUUAUGCAGAAAACUAGUUCCGGAUUUUGUUUUACGAUCAACCGCAUUCAACCUGCACUUAAAAAUACCAACUCGCUCCCAAGCAACGCUACUUACCAAAUACCUCAGGCUAUAGAGAAACAUUUUUAUACAGAUACAAGCUGGGCAUUACUAACUAAGACCAUAAGGAUACAUAUUUUUUUAUUUUGUAUUGGCAUUGAAAGCUCCAAUGAGUCUUAGCCUUUGGCACACUGUCACCCUGAGAGCUAUAUUUGAUGACAGAUUAUAGAAUAAUGGAUAGAAAACAUGUCAUGUUAUUCAUGUGAUAACAAAAGCUAAGAAUAUAUUGGAGUUCUGUGUGUGUCCCUCUCAUGGAGCAGGAUUUGUAGUUUUAGGCAGAGACAAGUAUCCGACUGGUGAGUCAGGGUCUGAGAUUAAAAGAGUGGAAACUAAGCACAAAUAGCCGACACAUGAUAAAGUCUUUGUUUUUAUCCUUUAUAAUUUGCUGUUGUACAAAAGCAACUACAACAACUACACCUCAAGCCAGUACUUUAAGUUAGUUAUUUUGUUUGAAUUUAUUUAUAUUUCUUGUUUUACAUUUUGUAAAAAAUCCUCUGUAGGACUUUUUCUCCACAAAAGAGUAUCACACAUCCCAAGGGAGUAUGGAUAAAAAUUCAUUUUGAAAUUUUGCUUCCAGUUGUUGAAAAUUUAAAAAGUUUUAUGAAUAGGUUUUAGUAGCUUGUUAUGUUAAAGGAGUCAAUACUAACUAGCUACCAUAUACAACAUUUAAAUCAAAAAAAUGUUGGAUGUUAAAGUGUGUGUCUAUUUUCAAGAUUUUCAGUUUUUUUGAAGAACAAUCUCAAAUCAAAAAUAAAAGAUUUUCUAUUUAUUCCAUUUUGAUUAUUUGUACAUAGUUAAUUAAUUACUACUGCUAAUCCUGUUUAUGCUAUUAUUAUGAAUAUUAAAUUAAGAGUCACAAACAUAUUAUUAAGAAACAAUGAUCUUCUGACAAUAAAACAAGUUUACUGUUAUAAGUGUCUAACCUAGCUAUCGCUAAAUGAAAGGAAAAAACUAGUUUUUAUUUAAAAUAGCCAGAAAACAUUAUGUUUGACAAAACAACAGAGUAAACAUUUCUGCAAAGCCAAAAAAUUCACAGAGGAAACUUGGAUCAAGUCAGAUUUUAAUGCAGCACGUACAAAAUCAUGAUUUAUCUUCAUUAUCAUGAUACAUAUUGUGAGUCAGCUGCACUUCUUUAGCACCAGUGCUAACAUACAAGAGUGUGAUGUUGUUGGUUUGGUCAGUUUUAUUAUUUUGCACUGAAAGACAUAAACUGAUUAAAAGUAUGGAAAUCUGUAAGGAUGGAUGUACUUGGAAUAUCUAACCAAUACAUUUCUAACCAGAGAGAUUAACAGAAGUGCUUUAAUUGUUUGAUUCACAAUUCCUCUAUUCACUUAACAAAAUAAUAUAUUUUUCUCUAGUGUCAGAAAGAGGAGGCCUCAUUUUUGACAUUUUUUUGGCGGACUUAGAUUUUUGGCUUGGUCACAGAUACAUGAAUGUAAAUAUCAUGGUGCAAAUGUUUAUUCAGCCCCUAAAUGAACAGGAGAUGAAGGUUCAUUACUGAAACCCUCUUCUACAUGUGACCGGGACUUUAUCUGUAUGAAGCAACAAAUAAUGUGCCUUCAACAACUGCUUUCAGCAGACAUGACCUGGUUUCAAGGGACAUAUGUAUCAGUUCAGCUUUACUGUCAACUGAAUCUCAAUGAUUUACAGUAACAUACAAUAAAUCACAAUAAAUGUGUCCCUGCUCAGGUCAGUGAGGGAAGUCAAGUUGCCAAGGACAGAAUAAGAUCACUUUUUUUUUUUUUUUUUACUUCAGCUGCUGUCAUCGGCUGCAGAGUGGCCUCUGUAGACAGGCAAUAAAUAUCCCUCAAGGUGUUUCACCCACACAGUGCAGUGUGCUGAGGUGUUGCAUUGUGGUAAUGAUCACCUGAUGGCUCGGAAAGUCUGUUACUUUGUAAGUUUGUGCCACACAGAUAUGUUUCUUACAUGAUAUGUACUGAAUAUGUAAAAUAUCAGGGACCUCUGAAGGAUUUGGCUCCUUGUCUCAAACGGGUCAGUUCACCCAAAUUUAAAAAAAUCCAUUUGUUGAGAUCUCUUCUGUUCUCUUCUGUCUCUUUUGCAUAAAGAAAAUAAAAGAAACCUUGGAAAAUAAA